CACACAAGUGUUGCUUGUUUUGUUAAAUUUUAGUUCCUAAAAUUACCUGCACAAAAAAAAAAAUUAAAAAAAAAAAUGCAAGAGUUACUAUCAUUUUUGGUAUUUUUACAAAUCACAGCAGUUUGUGUGGCUCGAGGACCGCAUCAUCCGAAAAAUUCACACAUGAAACUCAAGACUGACAAACAUUUUCACCAUGAAAAAGAACACAUCCAAGAAGACCUCACGCAGUUCACAAACAAGAAAAUAACUGACAUGACAGAGGACGAAAAGAACUUUUACUACUUCAAACUGCACGAUUUAGAUGACAAUAAUCACCUGGAUGGCCUGGAAAUGCUCAAUGCAGCGACGCAUCACAAGCAUGACGGCAUCAAAAAGCUCCAGGAAAAGUCCGAGAACGAGGAAGACGGCUUGAAUCACAUCAUCGAAGUAAUUGACGACUUUAUAGAUUUCGCGGAUUUGGACAAAAAUGGCCUACUAAACUACCCGGAAUACAUUCGGGCGAUCACAAAUACCGCAACGAACGAAACUGUAGAAGAAUCUUAGGGAAAAAAAGUAAAAUAAAAGAAUUUUGUUUAAAAAAAAAUUAUCAACCCUCGUCAUUUUCUCCG